UCGUGGCAUGCUUGCGCCUUUGCCCGAGCCAAUUGAGUAUACAAGUAAAACAAAUUGAAUUUACAAGCGAAACAAAGGGAAAAGGUCAAUUGGAGAAUGCAAAUUUAGAAAUAGAUUAUAAUAUAACAAAAUUACGUUUAGAAAAUUUUUUAAUGAAGAUAGUUAUCACAAAAGCAUGGACGAAGUUAAACUAG